AUGACGGCGUGCGUGUGCAGGAGCGACCUCGUCCUGCGGCUCAAGGGCGGGAUGACGCAGCUCUUCCGCAUAGUGCUGAAGGUGUUCUUCGGUGCGCCUCUCAAGCCUGACCUGCGCACAGGGGUCGAACUCAACAUUUUCGGAGAGGCGAUGCCUCGCAUUUUUCGAGGCGCACUGUCCGUCAUUAUACAGGACGAGAAGACGUUCAAGUUCAGCAAGGAGAACGUGGUAUCGGUCAAAUGCAACCUAGCCCGUGAUGGCAGGACUGGCUACACGGUCCCGAGUACGGAGCUGGAUGCCUCCAAGGUCAAGCUCAACUUCAACGCCAGCAUCCGCGGUGUCCAAGACAGGCUGGCCGAAGUGGAGGCGACUCGGGGCCCGACUGCUCGCAAGGAGAUCGAGGCGCUGCUGGACUACAAGUUCAAUCCCGAGUCCCUGCUGCAAGACAAGGAUCUCGGGAUCCAGGUCGCGGACGCCUGGGCGUACGACUCGAUGCACGACUACCUCGUGGGUGGAGUCUUCAUCAUCGAGCUGGACGCCAUAUUGGACGUGCUCAAGUCAGAGAAUUUCGGAGGCGCCACGCUACACGAGCACUUCAAACUUUGGGAAUGGCCUGGCGGUUACACGAGCGGGAAAGACCUGUGCAAGAAGAUCCCGUCAGAUGGGGCAUCUGGCAAAGCCAGCGAGUACAUGUCCACGCCCCCGCGAUAA